UUGCGCUUUUUUCCCGUACUUUCGCCAGGCGGACAUUUUUCCGACGGUUCCGGCCCGGCGCGACUUCCACCGUGAAAAUCCCACGGAAAAGGCCAGUCGAGCGCGUUUCUACGGACGAAAUUUACCGCGUUUUCCGUUUCUUGAAUGAAACACCGCCGUUACCGGGGCGAACGCGCCUCGGCUCGCGCUUUUUUUACCUGGCCGACGCGAGGACCGUGCGGACUUUGCGGCGAGACCGCGUGAACGUUCCCCGAAAAGUAUCCCCGGGCUCGUUGCCGCGUACCCCGUGUAAACACGAACCUCGAAUUCGACGUAAAUAAACAGUGACUGGCCCCGUGGACGCUUCGUAUCCGCCUCACGAUCACGGGGGGAAAAAUUCAUGGCACCGCUUGCUAUCGACGAGAUGGAGCAGAGGGAUCUCCCGCAGGCGUUCCGCCUGCUAGGAGAGAUGAACGCCAAUGUUCUGCAGGUGAACCAGCUGGUGGACAACAUGCUGGUUCGCGUGAAGAAUGGCGAGAUCUCCACGGACAAGGGUCUCAGUUUCUUGGAGAUGAAGUACCAUAUGUUACUCUCCUAUCUCAUUAACCUGACUUAUGUGGUGCUGAGAAAAUGUUCUGGGGAGCGCAUCGAGGAUGAUCCUUCGAUCGAUCGCCUGAUCGAGAUCAGGACCGUCCUGGAGAAAAUCCGACCAAUAGAUCACAAGCUUAAGUACCAAAUAGAUAAGCUCGUUAAGACUGCUGUAACCGGUACCAUUAACAGUGACGAUCCCAGCAACUUCAAAGCAAAUCCUGAAGCCCUGGUCGCCAAGCUGGACAGCUACAACGAAGAGUCCGACAGUGAACAGGAGGAGGAGACGGAGGGCUUCAAGUCAACACAGCCCAGGAAGUCCAAUGUUUAUGUGCCGCCGAAACUCGCUGCAGUACACUACGACGGCGAUGAGACAAUGGCGGAGAAAAUUCGCAAAGCCAGCGAGAGAGCUCGCAGACGCGCUGUGUCCAACACGGUGUUGCGAGAAUUGAAGGAAGAAUAUCUGGACGCGCCGGUGGAGGACAGCCAAGGCUUGAGCGAGAAACAAGCGAUUCUCGGACGCGAGUACAAGCGGAAAAUCGAGUAUGAGGAGAACUACAUGACGCGUCUGCCGGUGACUAAGCAGGAGAAGCACAGGCGUCGUCAGAUGACGACUCUGGGUACUCUCGGCGACGAGAUCACCACUUUCGGGGAGUCAUCUGCCAAGUCUGCUAAAAAGAGAAAAGCUCAGAAAAAGGGCAAAGCUAAAAAGAGUUUCAAGAAAAAACGGCAUCACUAAGAUGGCUUUGGGACGACGCGAGAGCCCAGUUUCAUACAGCAUUAACGAUUAAGGUAAAAGGCAAAAAAGAAAAAAAGUUUACUUCUGACUUCUUCUCGACAAAAAAAAAAGCAGAUGCCACUAAUACUCGUUACUAAGUUAAGCUAAAUAACUCGUAACAUCUUAGUAAUUAAAAGGAAUAAAAAGACAACGGUGUCGACGGUGGAGUAAGAAUAGCACGAUGGUAAUUUAUUACUGUAUAAGACAUACUAAUGGUCGUGUAAUUGAUAAUUAUAGUUAAUAAUGAUUUUAAUCUUUAACUGUUGUCUGAAAGAUCAAUUUUGGUCUGUGGAGUUCGGGCGAUCCGUCGAGCGCGAGAACGGUUUCUCUUUCGAGACGAAGGACGCGGUAACGGGACGUCGUGAACGGGCACACACGAGCUUAAACAAAAACGGAAAUUAUGUGUCGCAUAGCGUAAUUAUAUUAAAACACGUUGGGAUCGAGUUGACGGAUCACGGCUCCAAGAUCGAAAAUUGUGAAUUACACGUAAAAGUUGAAAGCAGAACAUUUUUCUGCUUUAUUUUGAAAUAUUCUCCAGCUAUAUAGGAAAAAGAAAGGAGAACGGGAAAGAGGGGGGGGGGAGGGGGCAGGAGAUCGGUAAACAUAGCGGGAGAGACGAUAUUGAAUUAAUUGUUAACAGAAGCGUAAAAAUCACAAGACAUUCAGAAGGGGGGAAAAAAGGGAUACAGGGAAACCGCAGAAGUUAGAAAACUCGAGAUUCAGUAAAUGAAAAACGAAAAAAAAAAAGAAGUAAGAUAAGACGAAGACAUUCUCUAGAAACUGCACGCACUCGGCGCAACUUCCGAAGGAAAAAUUAACUAAGAGAGAUUAAAAAGAAAAAAGAAAAAAAAAGAAAAGCAAAAACGAUACUUCGUCGUGCGAUAUCGCAUGUCUUAGGAUUUUCUCGCUGUCUUAGAGGUAGUGAAGUAGUUACUAGUUUUACUAUUAUACGUAUGUUUCGUUUGUGUUUUUCCCCUGGUGAAACUGUUGAGGCUAUUAUAUCUCGAUGUGAGUCAUGUUUUUACGUUAAGUCUCAUUUCUCGGUUUCCUUUCUUUUUUAUUUACAAUGUGCUUGUGCAUUGUAUCUGUUGUUUUUCGUUUACACGUAAUUAUUAGGUGAUGAACUCUUGGGUUGAGUCGUUAAACUUAUAUUUGAUGGUAAUAUAAGGAUAUAAAAAAACACGAGCGUGUCAAAAUUCAAAAUUGUCGUCAAUUUCUCGAAUUUGAUUUCAAUUGACUGCGUUUGUUUUUCUCGGGGAGGGGGAGCCUGUCACAUAUCAUAUAUAACGGAUAUAAACCGAUGAACGAAGACUAGGGCGAAAAUCACUUCUGCAACGAUAAAUAAGAUAUUUGUACAAUCAAACGCGCGCGCGGCAACCCCGAUCGUCGUCGUCGUCGAUGUCGGGUUCCCCGCGCUUAAAUAGGUUGGAUUUUUUUAACGUUGUUAAAACGCGGGUGCCUCGUCGUGUCGGGGCGUCCCAGUGAAAUGUUCCUUUCUAACGUAGUGAAAGAGAGAGUUGAAUGAGCGCGGAGGAAGGGCGACAGUUGUUCUAUGCAGAUCGAGUGCGUUAGAUAUGUAAUAUGUUAGUAGCCAUUGCUCAUAACUGCAGAAGUGAUCCCGCAUUACCUUCAAAGGAGUAAACUAAUUCGCUGUAUGCUGGCCGGGGGCUCAACCAUCCAUAGAUAUUAUAUUUUUUACAGAAGUGUUCAUAGAUUGAGCCAACUUGGCGCGGCGACGAUGUCACACGCGCCCCCUCUUUUCGCAAUCUGUGAGGACGAUUUAAAGGAAAAAAAAAAGAUGAAGAAGAUGAAAAACUAAAAAAUGUGAUAAAUUAUUCAUGAAAUAAUAGUUAAAGAGAACUUAACAAAAUAGCACAAUCGCUGGGCAUUAUUUACAAGUGCUAGCAAGCCUAAUGUCAGCAGCCUUGUCGUAUUUGGUAAAAAAAAAAAUGAAGUUUAUGAAAACGCCGAAUCGCGGACGGAUGAUCGUGAAAGAUCAUAUCGCCCUCGUCCAUCGCGAUGCUCUCUGUGCGACAACGCAAUUUUUCACUCGCUCGAACGAAAUCGAGACGUUGUUCUGCUGACAAACACACACACAUACACGCACACACGCACGUACACAGAGAAAGAGACACACAGAGAAUCCGUCCGACAUUCGGCCUUCCUCAUACUCCACGCAUAGACGAUAAUUUUUGAAACAUACCUACGACCGACGCAGCCGGCGAGCCCAAAACUCUUCCCAAACGGACGAUCGAGUAGUGUUAGUGUUUUUUAUACACAAAUACCUCCACGAAGUUUCGAUUUACUGCCGUGAUGCCGGCUGUAUCAGUCGCGCAAUAGAAUACUUUGCAAUAGAACGAACGCGUUUUCUCUCUUUCUCUCUUUUUCUCUUUUUCUCUCUUCUACUCCGAGGCCUCUGCGAACAAACGCAACUCGUAUUCGCGCUAUUUCAGUCCCGCUGUUUCUCGUGUUUUGGGCUCGCGGUCGCAGUGCGUAGGUGUGUGGAAGGAGUAUUCAUACGAUACACAUAUCCACACGCAACAUAUAGCAGCAAGGUAAUAGGAUUACAUUGAAUACACUACCUCAAAUCAAUAGAAAUAUGGAUUUACAGUAAUGGAAUCACCGCGGCGGUCUCGCUCGCGUCGCCGUAAAUGCAGUCUCCUUUCUGUUAUCAGUUCAACACCGACCGGCCAUCGAGAUUCGUUUUACGGGGACAUGUUUCUAAUUAGAGCUUCGUUGAAGGAUAUACCGCGGGGCGGAUUUAUUAUCCGCCCUCCCCGGAUACGAAUUCUUCUUGCCUACCUGUGUUAAAGAAAGAAAGAGGGAAUGAGUUAGAGAGAGGGAAGGGGGGAGGGAGAGAAAGAAAGAGAGAGGAGAUAAGGACCUAGUUGAAGUGUACAAAUAAAUAAAUAUAUAUAUAUAGAAAAGAUGCGAGCGUGGCCGCUGCUACGGGCUUUAAAAGUAGUCCUUCAAAUCCAACAACGCUGCCGAAUGCCGAACUGAAAGAAAAAAAAAGAAAGAAGUAUCAAGAUAUCUUUGCAGCAAAAGAGAGGGAGAAAGACGAGAGAGAAAGACGAGAUAGGAUUGAUUUAUUGACUACAUUCAUAGAGUCUUGUGAGGAUGUACGAUGUUUGAUUUUUAUAUCGGUGAAUUUUUGUGUAAUUUUACGUAUAUAUAUAUAUAUAUAUAUAUAUAUACAUAUACAUAUAUAUAUGUAUA